AUGGCUGCUGUAGUAACGAGCCUUCAUCACCACCUUCUCUCCAUCUCCAUUUGUCUCUGCUACUCACUGUCGUUGCUAGUCAGUGCACCUCUGGGCCUAGCUACCGCGCUCUCCUUCAGCUUCAACUUCUCCGGUUCUGGCUCCGGCGACCUCUGUGACACUGAGCUCAGGUGCGAGCGUGAUACACGCAUGGGCGCCGGCGCCAUCGAGCUAACGAAGAAUGAGAUCAAAGCCAACUUCUUCAGCGUCGGCCGGGCUUCCUAUGCGCGCCCGGUGCCGCUCUGGGACAACACCACGGGCGAGGUGGCCAGCUUCUCCUCCAACUUCACAUUCCGGAUCAGGCUAAAAAAUGAGACGGACGACCGGCUUCGUCUCUGUAACUUGAGCUUCACGCCCAACGACGGUGUGGCUGACGGUAUGUCUUUCUUCCUGGCGCAAUACCCGUCCAGGCUCCCUCCCAACAGCCACGGCGGGAACCUCGCUCUCUUCAACGACAGCAACAACUUGAACGCCACCGGUAAUGACCGCGUCGUCGCGGUGGAGUUCGACACCUUUCGCGGCACUUGGGACCACAGCGACAACCACGUCGGCAUAGAUGUGAACUCCAUCAACUCCAGGGCCUACACGAACGUGACGAAGCGUCUGGUCUCUGAAGACGCUGUCAUGACUGCCGAGAUCAGCUACGACAACCGCACGGGCAUCCUGGUCGCCCGACUCCAAAUGGAUGGUGACGAGCCGCUUUACAAGGUAAACACGUCCGUGGACAUGAAGAAGGAUUUACCCCAAAAAGUUGCAGUCGGAUUCGCUGCAGCAACUGGCAUGUGCACUGAGCUGCAUCAAGUGUUGUCUUGGUCGUUUAGCUCCACUCUAGAUGAUGCCACGGUGGCUACUAGUCCGCAACAGGGGCGACUAGUUCCCGUGCUAGUGCCUUCUACAGUAGUAGCAUUUCUCGUGUUGCUCUGUGUCAUCGCAGUCGUGGUCCAUCGGCGGCGUGUUUGGGAGAGGGUAGAUGAUUCUGACGACGAAGCACGUGAGCAAGCUGAGUUUGAGAGAGGAGUAGGCCCUAGAAGGUACCGCUACCGUGAGCUGGCCGCCGCCACCAAGGACUUUGCGGAGGAGGGGAAGCUCGGGCGAGGGGGCUUCGGUAACGUCUACCGGGGCGACAGCCUUAGCGACCAUGACCGUCCGGUGGCCAUCAAGAUGUUGUCUGCGGAAUCAUCUUCGCAGGGAAGGAAAGAGUUCGAGUCGGAGGUGAAGAUCAUAAGCCGGCUGAGGCACCGGAACCUUGUGCACUUGCUAGGCUGGUCCGAUAGCCGCAAGGGGCUUCUGCUCAUCUACGAGCUUGUGCCUGAAGGCAGCCUCGACCGACACAUAUACAGCACUAGCCGCCUCCUCACGUGGUCAGAGAGGUACAAGAUCAUCCUUGGUCUGGGAUCUGCACUACGCUAUCUCCACACAGAGUGGGAUCAGUGUGUGCUGCAUGGCGACAUCAAACCCAGCAACAUUCUCCUCGACUCAUCAUGCAGCACCAAGCUCGCUGAUUUCGGGCUGGCGAGGCUCGUGGAGCAUGGAGUAGGGCCGCGGACCACCAAGGUCGUCAUGGGCACCGCGGGAUACAUAGACCCGGAGUUCAUCCGCACCCGUCGGCCGAGCACCGAAGCUGACAUCUACAGCUUUGGCAUCGUCCUAUUGGAGGUUGUGUCUGGUCGGCGCCCGGACAUUGAAAUGGAGCAAUCGGGCGACAAAUUCAUUCCGUUGCUCAGGUGGAUCUGGGACCUCUACGAGAAGGAAGCCAUUGUUGAAGCGGUGGAUGAGAAGCUAAAGGGAGGAAACUGGCAGCAGCUCGACAACAACGGCGGCUGUAAGUGGCAGAUGCGCCGCACGCUUGUCGUGGGGCUCUGGUGCACGCACCCGUGCCCGAGUGCACGGCCAUCAGUCGUGCAACUCAUGAAUGUCUUGCAGUCCAAAGAUGUCACGUUGCCAACCCUGUCACGGCCAACAUCCGACGUUUCCUUUGGGACACACGGAGACAAUGCCUUGUCGUCUGCCAAUGUUUGCAGCGAGGUGUCUUGGGCCAUAAGUGGCAGAUGA